AUGUCAAGACAGCUAUCGAAGCCUUCAAAAGAGGUCUCAUCCCCAAUUCGGAGUUGUACCGGGAGAUCACCAAAAUAUCCAUGUGCGACAUUUGAAGAGGUCAGAUCCAGAGCUAGUGCCCAAAUGCGCCUGGAAGAGGAUGAUGCAACCCGGACGACGGCACCACGGCUAGCAGGGGCAGCAGCGAUAGACGAUGAUUUUACUAUUCUGCUAGCAAAACUUUCAGAAGGACAAUUAGUUGAUGGGAGGUUGGAAUGUUUAUACCAUGGUUGGCAAUUUGAAGGGGAAGGCAAAUGUGUGAAGAUACGUCAGCUACCAGCAGGAGCUAAAAUUCCUAAACAAGCAUGUGUGAAGACUUAUGAAGUGAGAUAUUCUCAAGGAGUUGUGUGGGUGUGGAUGUCCCAAAGAUUCCCGCCAAAUGCCGAGAAACUCCCUUGGUUUGAAAACUUUGCUAGGCCAGGGUUUCAAGAUAUAUCAACUACACACGAGCUUCCAUAUGACCACUCCAUUCUCCUCGAGAAUCUCAUGGACCCAGCCCACGUCCCAAUAUCCCAUGAUCGGACUGAUUGGAGUGCAAAACGAGAAGACGCUCAAGCGUUGCUUUUUGAAGUCAUAGAGAGAACAGACCGAGGUUUUGCUGGCUGGUGGGGAAAAGAAAGCGAGAAAUCUAUGUUAAAUUUUCUGAGGUUUGAGGCACCAUGUGUGCUCUCAAAUAGUCGAGAGAUAGUUGAUGAAAAGGGAGAAAAAAACUACUUCAGCGGGCUCUUCCUUUGCAGGCCACCAGGGCAGGGGAAAUCCAUGCUAAUUGUGAGGUUUGGAACCACUAAAAGAUCGCCUCUUGCUAAAUUCUUUCCCACGUGGUAUUUCCACCAAAAUGCUAGUAAGGUGUUUGAGCAAGACAUGGGCUUCCUCUCAUCCCAGAAUGAGGUUUUGAUCAGAGAGAAAGUCCCAACAAAGGAACUCUACCUGAAUUUGAAGUCUUCUGACACUUGGGUUGCAGAAUACAGGAAACGGAUGGACAAAGUUGGGCAUGGGAUGCCUUAUCAUUUUGGGCAUAGUAUUAUUUCACCCCCUGAAGUUCCAGCAGUUGUUGAGCAUGCCCCAGCAGGUCUAUUUGCUGGACUGUCGGCUCAAUCUCCUGCUAAAGGUGGGCUUGGGACCAUGUAUGCUCCGAAUUGGUCUAACCGGUAUUUCCGACAUGUGAUCAAUUGCAAGGAAUGCAGUGGUGUCCUUAAAGCCUUUGAAACAUGGAAAAAGGUCCUUUCUGUUAUCGCUCUUUUAUCCACUGGAUUUGCCAUACUUGUUUCAGGAAGGCAGUGGAAAGCUCUAUGUUUAGUUACCACUUCAUUGUGCUUGGCUGGAGUGUGUUUGUCAGACGAUUGUGAAGGUUGCCUAUAUAAGGUCUACAUGAUAUUUGAUAUGAAGAAUGGGGAUAUUAGGUACAAUGUGGUGCUCCUUGACAUUCUUAUUUGGCACAAAUUGAAGGUUGUUACAAUUUUCAUGCCUAGAUACAACUUACUCUUAUUAUUGUAA